UUUUUGUAUCUUCUGUUACAGGUUGGAGCCAGUUGGAGCAUAUAGUGUGCAGCUUUUGUAAUGCAACAUUCCAGGUUACUAAAGGGGUUCCGUCCACUGGGGCAGAGCCUGAGCAUCAUGAAGGAGACUUCUGAGAAGCGAGCUGCCUCUCUGUCACCUUCCCGGCAUGCUUCUUGGAAAGGAUCAUUGGGUCUUACAUAAUCAAAGGGCUUGAAUUAAAAGAAACAGCCGUUUGUUCAAACAUUCAUCAACUAUUAACUGAGUACCUCCUCUGCUGCGCUCCAGACCCUCGGAAGCACGCCCACUGCCAGGUUCUUUGGUAUCCUAGCAACCAAAAACUCUCAUCUGAGCUCUGGCCAGGACAGAGGCCAUUUUCCCCCUGACUGCCGUGACUUAUAGCCUCUCCGGGUCUCUGAGCAUUUGUUUGUGCAGCUCGUGGUCCACUGAAGGCCACCACUCGUCCCCAUGGAUGCCCCAAACCCCAGCUCGACUGACCUCCCUGGCAAUAUGAUCUUCGCGCUCUCGUUCUCUGAGCUGGUCAACAUUGCCAUCCCGCAGUAUGGUGUGGUGAACUUCAAGGCCCUGCACCUGGUGCUCCAUGGCAUCCUGGAGCACAUCAACAUGGCUGAGCUCAAGAAGGUCCUCUCAGGGGAUGAGGACUUCCUCCAGACCUCACCGAACAUGUUAAUGCCCCGGGAAGGAGAUGGUCAGCCCACCGUCCAGCCCCUGAAGAGGCUGAGCAAUGUCUUCGACCACGUGGUGAACCGUAUCGAGAGGAUAGAGAGCCAGCUGACCAUGCUGCAUGAAAUGCCUUCCACCUCCAUGCUGCUGGAGGGCAGCCAAGGGACCAACCGGCCUGCCCAGGAACUGUGGCAGCUGAUAAAGCUCCGGAAGAUGGUGGAGGGCAAUGAAGAAGCCUUAGAAAAGGCUAUGAAGACCAUGCAGGAUUUGCUCACCGACAUUAAUUCACUCAAGGCUGCCACUGAAACCCUCAGGAAGGAUGUGGACAUGCUGAAGGACAUGUGGAAUAAGAUACACCUGGACCGCAUAAACACUUUCUUUGAUGACAUGAAAGUGCAGAACCGGAAGAUAAAUGUGCUGCAGCGGGAUGUGACUGCUCUCCAGAACAAGAUUAGCACCAUCCCCAAAGCUGACGACUUGGUACUCUGGAGCAGCCUCCACGAUGCCUUGUUCACCCCGGGAACUGUUCAACAGGGAGAUGUUUCAGAAGAGCUGGAAGAUUCUGAUAUGUGGAAAGUUGCAGAGAAGCUCCCAGAGCCUGAACUUCCCCAGACCACCAUGUUCCUCGAAAGUUCUGGUCCCAGCCAGGUCUCAGAGGCCUUCCAACUCCCCAGGCCCUCGGAGACCGUUUGGCAUUAUCCGGUCCCUGGGCAAGAACCGAAGGAGGAGUCUGCCCAUGGGCCAGCACCCAGACCUAGCCCUGAGCCUGAGUCUCUGCCGGGACCAGAGCCUGAGUCCAUGCCUGGCCUUGAGCCCAUACAACAGCCCAGUCUGGCACCUGGGUUCAUACUACCACCUUGGCCUAGGUUCAGACCGAAGACUAUGGCCAGACCUGGGCCUGCAUAUGGACCUGGGCUUGCAUUUGGACUUAGACCUGCCCUCAGACCUGGGUUUGUCCCUAGACCUGGGCCUGCCCCUGGACCUGGGCCUAUAUAUGGACCUGGACCUGGGUAUGGACCUGGGUAUGGACCUGAGACUCCAUAUGGACCUGGGCCUAUAUAUGGACCCGGGCCUGCCCCCGAACCAGGGCCUGCCCCCGGACCAGGGCCUGCCCCCGGACCAGGGCCUGCCCCUGAACCCAUGCCCCCUGGGCCUGCCCCUGGACCUGGGUAUGGACCUGGGCCUGCCCCCGGACCAGGGCGUGCCCCUGGACCCAUGCCCCCUGGGCCUGCCCCUGGACCUCGGCCUAUAUAUGGACCUGGACGUGGGUAUGGACCUGGGUAUGGACCUGAGACUCCAUAUGGACCUGUGCCUAUGUAUGGACCUGGGCCUGCCCCUGAACCCAUGCCCCCUGGGCCUGGGCCUGAGUUUGGACCUGGGCUUGCCCCAGGCCCUUGGCCCACACCACCAAGAUUCUGGCCUAUGCUAUCAACAGGUGGGCUUCCUCCCAGAGGCUUGCCUGACUAUAGCAGUUGGCCUUUCUGGGGCUUAGGUCACUUUCAGCCUGGCCCAGGCCAAUUGGACUCCCAGGGUUUCAGGGCCCCACCACCAGCCAUAGAGCCUGGCUCAGCCUGGCCUUAUACACUGGAGUCACAGGAAGAGAUGCCCCAGCUCCCAUCUCUCUCAGAAGGUACGGAAGAAGAUUAUUUACAGUACAAGACAGACACUCAGGAUGGAGCCCCUGCUGCUCAGACCUCUGAAGAAGAACCCCGUAAGAGUGCCCGGACCGCCCUCCGGCGGAUGAAAACUACUGCUGCUAUUGCCGCUGCUGCCGCCGCCGCCUAUGCGGCUGCCGCGAGCUCAGCAGCCCGGGCAGCUGAGUCCUCAGCCCUGGUCGUCAAGGAUGCCCCCGCCACUAAACUGGCCUCUGUAGCAACAAGCAUGGCUGCAUCUGGACCCUUAGGGAUCUUUGCAGAUGUUAUGGGUGCUGGGUCUUCCCGUGGGGCCAUACCCUCCGUGGCAAUCACUGAUGAGGCCGAGAUGGGCUAUGAAGAGUUCGUCGCUUCUACCUAUGCUACUCACUUCGUCACUCCUGACACUGAGCUGUCCCAGGCCACGCUGGUCACCAAACAGACAAUAGCUCCUGAAGACAAGAAGAAGGCCAUCAAGUAUUCCGUGAGCCACAGAGCCCAGAUACCCGUUAAACACGACUCCCUGAAAGAAGAGUUUGACCAGCUGUCAUCCCACAUGAAACAUCACAUAGCUCAUCUAGCUGAGAGGGGAAGCUCUUCCAGGUUUGGGAUGACACUGGACAUACUGCAAGAAAAGAUUGGCAACCUCCAGAAAUCCAGGUUACAGGAGGAGGAACUCGAGAAAGUUUGGGGCCACCAAAUAGCAGCGAUGAAGGAUCACCACAUCAUUCUGGACAGGGCAGUGGAAAAGAUCUAUAAUCGCCUGGAGGAGUUUAAGGUUCUCCAAUCUCAAAUAACAAACCUAGACACGAUCAAGGCAGACAAAAGUGCGAUGGAGCAGGAGUUAAAAGAGAAAGCUGACAAGAGCAUCCUGGCAGCCAAGGCAAGCCGGGUUGAUCUGGACAGGGUGGCAACGGAGCUGAACGACAUGAUUCAGGGCAUACUAUUGAGGGUCGUGUCCCAAGAGGAUGACUGGAAGAAGACUUUGGAGCAGCUCAGCAAGGACAUGGGCAGCAAGCUGAACAACAAGGAUUUGGACAGUCUAAAGAAAGACAUAAAUGAGGUCUGGCAUAUAGUCAACAAGCUGCUAAUUGAAGGCCUCCGAUUCGACCCUGACAGUGCCGCCGGCUUUAGGAAGAAACUGUUUGAGCGGGUGAAAUGCAUUUCCUGUGACCGGCCGGUGGAGAUGAUGACUGGCCCACAUCUCAUCACCAUCCGCAAAGCCCACCUGCUGUCCAGGAUUCGGCCAUCUAGUGCCAACAGCUAUGAGUACCUGCAGCGGCAACAGAUGAGGGAGCAGCAGCUCCAGAACCUUGGAGACCAGGACUGGCACGGCGGCCCUGGGAAUGAUGCGAACCUCAAGCUCAAGUCAUAUAACUUGACAACACUCUAUCCCUAUGGGGACCCUGAUACUUUGGACUAUGAUACCGCCGAGGUGGACAUCCUGGGAGUGGAUGGGAUCCUGUACAAGGGCCGAAUGGAGAACCAGGAAGGCACACAGCCACUGACCAGCGUGGAGAAGGAGCUGGCUGCUGUAAAGGUUCCACGUCCCCCGACUCGAAACCUAUAUGAGCGCUUUGGUGUCAUCUGCCCCCCCCUGCGCUCCAGUGCCAACAUCCACUCAGAGACUCCAGGCCCCCGUUCAACGACACCAGCUCACACUCCAUCUCUGCCACCCUUGCCAUUGCUGCCUCCGCUGAUGCCACACCUGCAGGAGCCCCAGCAGGCCUCAGGGUCCAUCAGGCAUCCAAGGCCUCAGCGCCUCUAUUCCCGAGUCAGCACGCAGACGACCUAGUAGCCCGACCACCCGUGAGCCCUGCACCCUGUGCCCCCACCAUCCCUUCCACUCCCCGUGCCAGCCAAGACCAGGCCCUGAGCCUGGCCUGGGGAAUGUGCAGGGGCCUGGACAUAGGGGAGGGGACCUCCAUAAGGGAUUCAUUGUGACCUAGUGGCUGUUAAUCACUUUGCAUAUAAAUACAACACAAUCCUUCUUAGCCUAUGUUACGUGAAGAGCACAGCUUUCUAGAUUGAAUUUUCCACUAAACCAAUCUAAUCCCUUAGCCAAUUUUUUUCCUGCUAAUCCUCACCUAAAGCUAUUUUCCCAUGGAUUGUUAGAGAGAGAGGGGUUGGGGGGAGAGGGAGAAACAUCGAUGUGAGAGAGGCACAUUGAUUAGUUGCCUCUCACAUGUGACUCCACCACGACCGGGGACUAUACCUGCAACCCAGGUACAUGCCCUUGACCAGAAAUUGAACCCAUAACUCCUUUGUGCUCAGGCCAACACUCUAACCACUGAGAAACACUGGUCAGGGCUUCUUGACCAAUUUUCAAUAUAGCAUAGUUCAAGUGGUUUAAAAAACACUUUCCUUUUUACUUUGCUGAAAUGAUUUCAUCAGUUUCAGUUCCAGUGUCUGCCACUGUCCAUUUUCUUUGGGUGCCAUUAUUUCUACCAGGACCAAUUUUCUCAUGGGAACCAAAUGUUACCACAUGCAUUUUUAAAAAAUUUGUUUUGAUUAUUUCCACCAGUAAUUACUGUUAUGAAGUGAAUGUUUAAAGAAA